AUGAGCAGGGUGUGCGUCACCGGAGCCGCCGGCUAUAUAGCCGCCUGGCUCGUCGGGAAGCUGCUGCAGCGAGGCUGCAUCGUCCACGCCACCUUGAGAUCCCUCCUGGAUGAGGAGAAGACGGCGGUGCUGACGGUGCUGCCUGGCGCGGCGGAGCGGCUGACGCUGUUCGAGGCGGACAUUUACAACGCCACCACCUUCGAGCCGGCGAUCCAGGGCCGCGAGUUCGUCUUCCUCGUCGCCACCCCGCUGAUGCACGACAACAGUAGCACCAAGUAUAAGAGCGUGACCGAGGCGAUCGUGGACGCGCACCGCCUCAUCCUGCAGCAAUGCGAGCGGUCCAAGACCGUGCGGCGCAUCAUCCACACCGCUCCAGGAGAACGGUCAUGGGUUCAAGGACUUGAUGAACGAGUCAUGCUGGUCUCCGCUCAACAUCCCCUACAAGCAUACGUGGCAUCCAAGAGCCUGUCGGAGCAGGAGCUGCUGAGGCACAACGAAUCGGAGGGCGGCAGGGCAUUUGAGGUGGUGACAUUGGCGUGUGGGCUCGUCGGCGGUGACACGCUCCACCCUGUCUUGUCGAGCAGGAUGAGCAGUGUCACGAUGGUUGUGGCGGCCCUCACGGGCAACGAGAUCCACCACAACGCCCUCUGCUUCAUGCAGGCGCUUCUGGGGUCCGUGCCGCUGGUGCACAUCGACGACGCCUGCGCGGUGCACCUCUUCUGCAUGGACCAGCCAUCCAUGGCUGGCCGGUUCCUCUGCGCCGCCGGCUACCCCACCAUGCAGGAUUACGUCGCCCGCUUCGCAGCCAAGUACCCGGAGCACAAGAUAAUUCUCAAGGAGUUGGCAGGAGAGGGGGUGAGGGUGCCGGGUGAUUCGAGCAAGCUUGUGGAGCUGGGGUUUAGGUUCAAGUAUAGUGUGGAGGAGACGCUGGACUGCAGCGUUGAAUGCGCCAAGAGAAUGGGAGAGCUCUGA